CCAGAUCUGCAGGUUAUGCCAGAUAGAACCCUGCAGAUUUCCGGUGCUGGACAUUUGGCAGUAGAGUCAAAUAAGCUCACGGACGAACGGUUGCAGCGACUCAUUGAGGCAUGGAAAAAGCGCUGGAAUGUGAUCUCAGAAGAGGGAAAGGAGAAGGAGAAGAACACGGUAAGGCUUUACGAUGUCUAGCUUUGAAUUUGUAUUUGACUCAGACGCCUGCAGGUUGAAGUUGCAGCUCCAUUCUUCAUAAACUUAUAAACAUCUUCGUCAUGAUCGAAAGUAGAAGAACAAAUACAGACUUUUAUAUCUAGUUGUAUAGCACAGUCGUGUGAAGAUGAAGUCGUGCAUCAAGUAUUGAAUAAGUACCAAAUUAUAACUAGUAUUCCAAGUCCAACACCGAGUCACCACUCUCUCUCUAUGAUGAAAUUCUCAAACAGGAUGAGGUGUCGGUAUACAACGGAGGCAAGGGUGAAUCUACUGAGGCUGAGCAGCAACCUGUUGACAUCAAAGGUUCUUCUGCGAAUACGACUCCCUGUGCAGCCGGAGGAGAUGAAGCGACUUCCGAAUCUUUAUCGU